AAUUUUCUUGCAGUUGUAGUUGUAGUGGUAACGACGUUUAGUGUUGUUGUUAUUGGGGAAACUUUCUAUGCGAUGUGUAAUGAUGAAUCAGUAAAAACUUUCUAGGCUUAAAACUCAGUUGUGGUCGCUUGAUGCGCUAAUCAGUACCGAAAGCGCUUCUUGUUUUUCUUAAAAACAGAUUUCUAUUUUUGAAAAAAUAUAUAAUUUUAUAUAAUUAGUGUUUAAAUUUAUUUAUAUAUUUCUAUAUAAUGGACUUUGAAGAGCGAUCUGAUGAAGUUUGUGGUACGAAACCGGAAGAAGAAGAAGAUGACUGCGAAUGUGAUGAUGGCGAGGAAUAUACAGGGCCUGGAGAACAUGAAGCCGAAAAACCAUCUAAAGACGAAUAUAGUGUUGCAAAAUGGAUGAAAAAGAAUGUGAAAACGAAGAGAACGAAAUUUUUAAGUCACAAUGUGGAAUAUUUCACUUCUAAUAAGGCAAUUGAUGCCUUAUUAAAAUCAAAAUUCGCUCAGGGUACUGGUGCGAUUUUCCAAACUCGAGAACAAAUCAUUGAUUUCUUGGAUGUUAUGUUAGAACACAAAUUUUACCAUCGUGCUAAAAAAGUUCUUAUAACAUUGGAUGAUAAACGGGUCGUUAACAAAUCUACAAAGAAGGACAAAGAAGAGAGAAAAGAUGAUAAAUUGAAUAAAAAAGAAAAAGAUGAAAAAAGAGAUACGACCGAAGAAGCUGAAGUUGAGGGCAACGGUAUAAACGGAGCAGAUGAUGCAGGUAGUGGUAGUGAUAAAAAAGAGAAACGUAAACGGAAAGUACGUCUUGAUAUGCACCCAGAACAGAUAUUUGUAGAUGGUUCUGAGGCAUACGUUUGGAUAUAUGAUCCUAUACCAUUACAUUACUGGAUAUAUGGUUUAAUUUUAUUGCUUGGUGCUAUAGGCAUUUGUAUGUUCCCAUUAUGGCCACCAAUGCUUCGUAAAGGCGUUUAUUAUUUAUCAAUAGCUGCUGCUGGUUUUCUUGUCUUUAUAUUGGCUUUAACUGUCAUCCGUUUAAUAAUCUUUUCAAUUGUUUGGGGUCUUACUGGCGGCAAAUUGCAUUUUUGGAUUUUCCCCAAUUUAACAGAGGAUGUAGGAUUCUUUGCUUCCUUUUGGCCUUUAUAUGAGAGCAAAUACACUAACAAUAUAGAUAAAAAGAACGAUAAACGUUCGAAAAGUAAGUCUAAGAAAAAAGACAAGGAUAGUGAUGCUGAAGAUGAUAUUUCAUUAUGCUCAACCUCACUAGAGCCGGAGAAAAUAGAAGAAAUCAAAGAGCAUGAUGCUGAAAUUGAUCUGAGGCAACGUAAAGUAGCGGCUGGAAAACGCGAAACAGAUAGUAGUGGUGAAGAUAACAAUGACUUCCCACAGGAAUCAGAUGGCAAAUGCUCUGGAAGUGCUUCGGAUUCGGAAUCAGAAAUAUCUGGCAAAGACUAUGAAAUAAUUAGUACGAAUGAAGUGCAAAACGUUAAUUGAUAAGUAAGUGAGAAAAAGUCUAUGUUGAAAAAAGGAAAUAUAAUAUAAGAGUAGCUUAAUAAUUUAACAAAAAAAUUAAAAUUUUACAAAACUGAAUUUUUAUUUAUAUAUACAUAUAUAUAUCUCUAUACUUAGAACAAUAGCAUUUGAAUAAUUAUCACACAAAUAUUCAGUUUAGCAU